UGGAACAACUAUGUGAUUGAAUGUCCUUUACUUCCUAAUGGAGGGGCGGUGCUACUGUUUGAUGGUGUGAAGGAGCAUCGUGUCACCCUUCAAGACCAAUCAGAGCCCUGGAAAAUGAAACAGCUGCUGGUGUGGAUCAGAGGGAACAUGCUGAAGGAACAGCCCGAGCUCUUUGUCCAGGGAGACACUGUGUGA